CUACGCCUAGCUACCCCACACCAGCCUACCCCACACCAAGCUACAAGGAUAACAAAUACGCUGACAUUACAGUCACUAGCCAAUCCGACGAGCGCAACAUCGAUGGCAGCAGCCAGUGGAGCUAUGCCCAGUCUGACUACACCACCCGCGAAGAGUCUCAGGUUCAGAAAAAGAUGGAAGGAAUCACCUAUGAUUCUUACGGCAAAGAAUCAUACGGUGAGGUCCUAGGCAACACCAACAAAGGAUCCUCUUACUGGGUUUCUCCUGAAGGCCAGAAAUUCAUUUUGACAUGGACCGCUGAUGAUGCUGGAUUCCAGCCCAAAGGUGACCACUUGCCCGUCGCCCCCGUUCAUGAAUACGAGCUCCCAGUUGCGCCUGCUCUCCCUUAUUCACGCACUGGACCCGGUUACUAA